AUGCGGCGAGACGUUUUUCUCAGCAUUGUCCGAACUUUGGAGGCUCGUGAUGAAUACUUCCAGUAUCGGAAAAAUGGCAUCGACAGACCCGGACUUACGCCGUUGCAGAAGUGCACGGUUGCGCUCCAGCAGUUGGCCUACGGCACCACAGCGGAUAUGUUCGACGAGUACUUUCACGUCGGGAGACAACUGACCGCAAGCCCUGAUGAAGAUGCACGAGACGGCGCACGACUUUCCUGGAAUGCUAGGGAGCAUCGAUUUUUGGGUAAGGAUGUGGAGCGGGCAUAUACCCAAGGUGGCUUGUUUUACGCGCAAAAGCAUGAGGCUGCGUGUAAGGAUGUGGAGCGGGCAUUUGGGGUGCUCCAAUCGCGGUGGGCAAUUGUGAAGGGUCCGACGCGCUUCUGGUACAAGGACGUCAUAGCUGAUGUCAUGUAUGCGUGCAUCAUCUUGCAUAACGUAAUAGUCGAACACGAAGGUGGAAGAGUCACCGAUUGGGGCGAUGAUGAAGAUGGAUCUAGCUCCAGCAGGGCGACCCCGGCCCACGUUCGAGGAUUACCGAUGGGCUUCAAUGAGGUUCUAUCUAGACAAGCCUCAAUGCGCAACCAACAAGAUCAUGCUCAGCUCAUGAAUGACAUGAUUGAAGAAGUUUGGAAGCAUAAUGACCAUUGA